AAGAAACUUUGGAAGGAGAUAAUAAAUACGACGCAGAAGGUUAUGGCUUGCAAAUUGCUAAAAAAAGUGUAAUUUUUGAAAGUUUCCCGCCCGUAUUGCAUAUAUAUUUAGAUCAGUUUGAAUACGACGUGCAAAGUAACCUUACCUUAAAUAAUCAUUACGAAUUUCCAAUGGAAAUUGAUUUACAAAAAUAUUUGUCACCGAAUGCAGAUAAAUCCAAAUCAUAUAAAUAUUUGUUGCAUGGUGUACUUGUUCACUAUUGUUCUAAUGUUUGGGAGGAAGAUCACUAUUUCGUAUUUAUGAAACCCGAAAAGAAUAGCGGAUGGGUGAAGUUUGAUGAUGAUCAAAUAACAUCAGUGUCGGAAGAAGAUGAAUGUCUAUCGGAAAUAAAUUGA